AUGUCGAAGCCUAUCUCCUUCGGCUUUGGCAAGCCAAAGCCCGCGGGAACCCCCCUCGCCGUAGGGACGGCUCCCCACAAACCCUCCGCCCUUUCGAACAGCCGGCCCUCACGAACCGCUCUCCGCCACGAUUCGGACAACGAAGAUAAAGAAGAGCCAAGGCACGAGUCAGUCUCUGGCUUCUCGUCCAAUGGUGUUAUUCUAAGUCAACCCUUACAGGAAUCUCAAGUGAAAGUGAUAGCGAAUGCCGGCAAUGCCGACUGGCGCAGGCAUGGGCGAAGAAACAUACUCCCUGCGGAAGUUCAAGCGCAACAGCAGGACGGUGGUGGCAUUGUUAUGAUAGAGCGAGACGAGGUCAGCACGGCUAGUGGCCUGCAGUUCGUCAAAAAGAACGCGCAGGAUAAAGAUCAGACGAAGGGCAGUCAACAGCCACAGGAGGAACACCCCACUGAACAGCCCAAGCAGCUGACAGCGGAUGAGGAAGCUUUGCAGGCACUGUUAGACGAUGGUUCCGGCAAACCAAGGUCGAAUGCUGUCAUUUCAGUACAAGGAAACAGACCGCUCUCACCCCAAGACGAGACGCAAGACUUCCGAGACGAUGUCGCUUCCAGGCCGGAUUCAAGCACCCUCGAGGAAUACGCCGCCAUGCCUGUAGAGGAGUUUGGGAUGGCCAUGCUAAGAGGCAUGGGCCAAAAACGCCGCGCCAAUGGAGAGGUUAUCGAUCUUAAUCCAAAAAAUGACAGCAGCCCACGAAAACUGCGCAAGCAGGAAGGCUUUCUAGGAAUUGGGGCAAAGGCAGCCCCUGGGUCAGAUAUCGAGUUAGGUGCGUGGGGAAAGGCUGACAUGCGGAAGAAUACGAAAGGACAAGGGUUCUUCACGCCACUGAUGCGCGAGAACAAGGCCACUGGAGAACGCAUUUCGGAGGACGAGUUCCAGAAACGAGUGAAAGAGUCGCGGAGUGCUAAACAAGAUGAGGAUUGGAAACAGCGCAGAGAUCGCAAUCUGGAGAUUAGUGGUCGGGAGCGGCAUCGAGACAAGGACCUGCACAGAAACGGAGAUGAUGACUACCGAGAGCAGAUGAAUUCAUUCUCUCGCUCCAGCUCUUCCAGGCAGGAUCGUGACGGACGUGAAGAUUCUCGUUCGAGGCGGGACAGAGAUGACCGAGACUAUGAAAGCUCGCGAUCAAGACGUGGUGAAGAUAGGUCACAAGAUCGAAGGCAAGACGGGGAUGGUGGAGGCGACAACGAUAGCGGACGCCGAGCCAAACAUCGGGACCGCUAUCGAGACGAAGACAGGUACGACUCCAGUUCGUCCCACCGAAGUCACAGAGACCGCGACCGGGACAGGGACAGGAAUCGGGACAGAGACAAAGACAGAGACCGUGACAGAGAUAGGUACAGGGAAAGGGAGAGCGAUCGUCGCCACCGAGACAGAUAA